AUGGAUAACGUCAAAGAUCUUUGUGUAUCAAGGAGCAAACGAAGGGAUAACAUUCGAUCACUGUGUCUGAAUGCUACCAGCACGCUGGCCAUCGACAUUGUCGAUUCAGAAGAUGAUCUCAGCCCUAGCACUAAUCAGAAGAAACUUUGCUUGUGUGCAAGCAUGAACCCAACGGAGACCCAAGAACAAGGACAACGAUCAAGGAAGACUAGCCAAAGCGCUACGUUUCCUUACCACACACAUCAGAUUACUGAAGAUUACAUUGUCUCUCAUGAAAUUAUUGGAAUUGGUGAGUCCGGCAAAGUUAUGGCCUGUUACAACAAGGAUACCAACGAGAAAUUUGCGUUGAAAGUGCUUCGAGAUGGUCCGAAAGCUCGGAGGGAAAUCAGCUUGCACUAUCUGACUAAUGCUCAUGAGAAUAUCGUAACAAUUGUGGACAUUUACGAGAAUACUUUCGAUAACGUAAAAUGCCUCCUGAUGGUGGUUGAAUUCCUUGAAGGUGGUGAUCUUCUCAGUCAAUUCGAGGAGCAAGGCAGCAAACCAUAUUCAGAAAAGAAGGUCGGGGAGAUCAUACGUCAAAUUGGAUCAGCGGUGGAAUACCUGCACGAUAUGAAUAUUGCACAUAGAGACAUAAAAUUAGAAAACAUACUUUGCAGUUCUACGGGUGAUGACUGUGUAUACAAAUUGGGAGACUACGGGUUUGCCAAGCGCCCUGAACGUAAUGUGCUCAUGGAAUCACCAUGCUGUACCCCGUACUAUGCAGACAAUUUUGAACCCACUGUUUACAGACCUCCUGAGGUGCUAUCGCGUGAGCGUUACGACAAAUCUUGCGAUAUGUGGUCACUGGGCGUAGCUAUGUACAUAUUACUAUGUGGGUAUCCGCCGUUCUACAGCAUGAAGGGUCUUGCCCUCUCGCCGGGUAUGCGAAGUCGAAUUGCGAAGGGCUACUACGCAUUUCCGCCGGAGGAAUGGGACCAAGUGUCUCAACCCACCAAGGAUGAUAUCCGAUCGUUACUACGUACGGAUCCGCAUAAAAGGAUGGACAUUCACGAGCUGAUGAGAACACCUUUCGUAACAGGAGAGAAGCAACCAGAGGGUGUUCCUAUUCCCGGAGCAGGAGAAGAAACAGACGAGGUAGACCAACUUUAA